CCAGCAUGCUGUCAGUCAAAGUUAGUAACCGCCCACCAAAAUGGCAGCAGGGUUGUAUUUACUGUAAAUAAUCGAUGUGGAAGAUCUUCUUUCUUAACGAAACUCAUUGUUGACUUUAUGAAUCAUCUCCACUAAUAUAUUCAUCCCACCAUGAGUACAGUUGGAGAAAAUCAGCUGCAGAGAAUAAUCAGAGAUCUGCAUGAUGCUGUUUCUGAGUUGAGCAAAGAACAUUGUGAAACAGGAGAGCCCAUCACAGAUGACAGCUCCAGCCUUCACAAGUUCUGUUACAAACUGGAGUACCUACUGCAAUUUGACCAGAAAGAGAAGACCACAUUUCUGGGCAGCAGGAAAGACUACUGGGAUUAUUUCUGUGACUGCUUGGCCAAGAUUAAAGGAGCUAAUGACGGCAUUCGCUUUGUCAAAUCAAUCCCUGAGCUGAAGACGUCAUUAGGGAAGGGACGAGCAUUCAUUCGCUACUGUCUGGUGCACCAAAGACUGGCAGACACUCUUCAGCAAUGCCUUAUGAACUCCAAGAUCACAUGUGAGUGGUAUUAUGAACGCAGUCCCUUCCUGAAGUCGCAUCUGAACAUUGAUAUCAUCAACCACCUGUAUGAACUCAAUGAGGUCCAGUUUGAUGUAGCAUCCAGAGGUCAUGACCUUGACUCUGACUGGCCCGCUUUUGCCAGAAAGACUCUGGGAUCAGCUGUCUCACCCGCUCAUGUGUGGAAACCACCCAGUCGCUGCUCUAGUGUCAACAGUUUGGUCAGCAGUUACUCACAGCAGCCAAAUCAGGAGUUUAUUCCAGGGCAGGAUUUCGGCUCUAGUCUCCUAGGAGAUCUGGGGGAGUUGGGUGAGCUCUCUUGUAGUGCCUCUGAGGACCUGCGCAUUGAGCUGGACCAAUCAGAACUGAGACAACAGGAGCUUCAAGAUAAGAUUCAGCUGCUCAACAAUGAAGCAGAUGAUCUGAGGGCCGUGGUCAAGGAUCUACAAGACCAGCUAUUGGCUGCUAAAAUUCUUCAUCGAGAGAAACAAGGAGACCAGUCCGCAGAUUCAGCUGUGGCUGGACAGGAGGUGGUAAAGGCCGUCACAGAGUGCACCGAUCGUCUCCAUACCACCACACAGGAACUGGGAGCCCUACGAGUCCUUGAGGCAUCAGAACGCAACUUAGAAGCCAAGCUGAGCAUUGCCGAGAACAGGAACAUGGAACUUAUUUCAAAGCUUGAUGGAGCUUUAAGUGAAAAAGGACAGCAGGCAGCCAGCUACUGUGAUUCAGCCUGGAAGAUCCAAGAACUCUUAACCAAGCUAAAGGAGGCUGAAGAGGAGAGAAUUGAGUCCAAACGAGAGAGCGAAGACCGAGCCAGACUGGCUGAGAGACUUGCUCAGCAGCUAAAGCUACAGGAAGAAAAACUAAAAGAGACUGAAGGCAAACUGGAUACAUUUAAAACCUCAGCUGAUGCGGAACGAACUGUUGCAAUGCAACAGGCUGAUGAGCUGCGAAUGACCAUCAACCGCCUUCAGGGGGGGCUGUCUCUGAAGGAGCGAGAAACUGGAAACCUCCGUACCCAGCUCCAGGACUUUCAAAGAACACAGGAGGCACAAGAGGGUGAAUUGGAGGAGCUGAAGAGGAAAGCACAAGAGGAGAUGCAACAGAAAUUUGCACUUGAGGAACGACUUAAGGCGAAGGAGACAGAGCUGUCCAGCAGUACCAAGAAGAUCCGGCAACUGGAGAGUUGCAACCAGCGGUUGACUGCGGAGAGUCAGAGUUUGCAAGCACAAGCCAAGAAACUGGAAGAGUACAAGAACCAGUGCACAAGUUUAAUGGAGAUCAAUGCCAAGCUGAUCCAGACUGUGAAAAGAAAUGAGGAGAGCAGCAAGGAGCUGGCACAAAUCAAGACGGCUCUAGAGAAUGAGCUGAUUACCGCACAGGCCUCGGAGAGGCAGCUGAGAAACAGGCUGGAGUCAGCUGGACUUGUAGUCGAAAACCUGCGACUAGAGGAGUGCCUACCGAAUGGCCAGUUGAAGAAUGAGGAAAUGGAAGUGGUGUUUACGAAUUUGGAAACUGAAAAUGACCAACUCGGAGGUAAAGAGGACAUUAUAUCAAAGCUGGAAGAGCUAGAUGAGAGUGCUGCCAUGCCUGAGGAGGUUAAGAGGAAGUCUUGUAGGCAUCUCCAGGAGGCAUCCAAUGAAUCCUUAAGAUCAAAUAAUGGAGCCACCACUUCCAGGUUGGCUCUGGCUGAGGCCCAGUUGGAGCUCAACAUGAAGGAGGUCUCUAGACUUCAGGAGGAUGUUAUGGAGCUCCGAGCACAGCUCUUGGUGAGCUCUGAGGAGAGGAUGAAGAUCCAGGCUCUGCAAGAGGUGACGGAAGCCUCCAGAGAAGACCUCCGGGCUCAGACAGAGCAACUUAAGGGACAGGUGGAAGAACUAAACCACAGACACGUGGUGGAACUACUUCAUUGCAGAGAACGAGAAGACACCUUGGUCAAGGAGAGGGAUAUGGAGGCUCAGGCCAGAAUGGAACUCCAAAAGGAGGUGAACGCCAUGAGAGAAGAGCUUCACUUGUUGAAGAAACAGAACAACACGUUGGUGAUGGAGAAUGGAGAGGCCCGUGAGGCCUUGGACAGGGCCAACACGGAGACAGCUGAACUUGGGGUGCAAGUUUGCAUGCUAACGGGGCAGAACGCUGAAGCUCAGCUGCGAUGGGAGGAUCUCUCGACCAAGCUGCAGGAGCUACAGGUGGAGGCACAGGAGGAGGUGCAAAUUCUGAGCAAUUCAAUGGAAGUCAUGAGGAAAGAAAACGCAAGACUACUAGAACAACUAAAGCAUACUGAGGGAGUCCCAGAAGCUACACAGAAGUUGCAGGAGAGGCUAGAACAGGCUGAAGAAGAAGCCAGGAGCCUCCAGGAGAUCCGGCAGAGAGAGGUGGACACUCUGAGAUCCCAGCUGUGCGAUGAAAAUGCACACCACCAGAGCCAAGUGCAGGUUUUGAACGAGGAACUGGAUGGAUUGAGGAAGAGGUUGGACAUCGAACUUGAGGAAAUUACAAGGCUUGAGUCCAGAGUUUCUGAGCUGGAGUCUGUCAACAGCGACUAUAGUCAGAUGAUCGAAAUGAAAAACUCCUUUAUUGGUGAUUCUGAAACCGUAAUUUAUAAGAAAGAGGAACAGAUAAAAAGCCUCACACUGGACUUAUCGAGAGCUGAGGAGAAGUUGGCACUUGCUCAACAGACCUGUCAUGAUCUGAGGGUGAACUUAAGCAGAAGUACAGAGGAGAAGCAAGCCUGUGAGCUGAGGAUGUCUGCUGAGAUAGAUGACCUUUUCCGCACAAAGAGGAACUUAGAGGAGAGACUUAUUGAGCUCAUAAGGGAGAAAGAUGCUUUGUGGCAGAAGUCGGAUGCGCUGGAGUUUGAGCAGAAACUGAGAGCUGAAGAACAGACUGACAGAGAUGUCACAUACUGCCUGAGCUGCCGCAGCCAAUUCAGCUGGAUGCUGCGCAGAUAUAACUGCAGGUUAUGUGGUCGUCCCUUCUGUUACUACUGCUGCAGUUAUGUUGCUAAUGGCCAGCAGGGUGGUGGAAAGGAGCGUUGCUGUAAAGACUGUUACACUCGCUCACCAGAGCGGCACAAAAAGGCGGGUCUAAGUAGUCCUACACAUCCACCCUACAGCCCACUAUCAAGCCCCACCCAAACCAGCACACCUGCUCUAACAGAGGUGCUGAAGUCCUCUCGGCCAGACGAUACAGCGUUUGACAUCAUCUCAGAGGAGGAAGUGAGCUGUGUCCAUGACAGCAGCUCACUGUCCUACACCACUGCACUCUCUCCAGAGACACAACACCUUAGCAGCAGUGACAUCACCACCACAGAAGAUUCAGAUGAGCUGAUUGGCUCUGUUCAGGAUGCCGAGAUCUAUCUGUUGAAAUCUGGAGAGAUGACGCACUCAGUGGCGUUCCGUGUGGAGGACCUGCUUCAGAUUGGUGAUGAGUCCAGAGAACUCUUUAUUAAGUCUAGCUGUUACAGUGUCAUUAUCAUAACUGCUGCUCAUCCUGGUCAAACCAUCAGCUGGAUCUUCUCUUCUGAACCCAAGAGCAUUUCCUUCAGUGUGGUGUACAGAGAGAACACAGAUACACCGCUAGAACAGGCCAAGGUUCUGAUCCCUCUGACAAGAUGUAACUCUCACAAGGAGACGAUUCAGGGUCAGCUGAAGGUCAGGAACCCUGGAGAAUACACGCUCAUCUUUGACAACUCCUUCUCCAGGUUUCUCUCUAAGAAAGUCCUGUACAAACUGAGUAUAGAGAAGCCAGAAGACUGCAAUUGAAGUGAUUCUCUAUAAAUAGGAAAGCAAAGGUCACACACACACACACACACACACACACACACACACGUCUAUUUGUGCCUGGUCAUGGGACUGCUUGUCGAGGAUUCUGGAGAUUCAUAAAGAAAAGUCAAGCUUGCUUUCCACAGGAUUUGUGUGGUCUUUUAGUGAGAUUUACGGGCUGUAUGAUUCUUAAAAGCCACAUUCCUUUUAUGAAUGAUUCUAAUAUACUUUUGCUAUAUUACUGACACAUAGGAUUAAUAAAUAAUGUUCUGCCAUAAAUGGAAAUGGCAAACUGUAAUAGCUGGAAUGGCACAAUAUCUCUGAAGUACUUAACACUGGAACUGGAUGGGAGGAACAGGGAAAGAAAAUUAAGUGAGGUCAGUAGUAAAAUAGAUGUACUUUAGCUACAUGAAGGCAGAUUAUGCACUACAGAAAAGCUUUAUUACUGUAUUUUUAAUGAAAUGAGUGAGUGUUGGGUAGAUAUAACUAUAGAAACGUACUGAUAUGACAUCAGCUCUCUCACAUAAAGGGACAUCAGUCUUUUACUUUAACAUUCUUUUAUGCCAUCUGUCAAAUAUCCAUCUAAUUCACACAAAAGGGGAUGCAGGAAAUGGAAUUUAUGCAAAAUGUUUGGACAAAGUCCUUCUAUUGAUUUAAAUUAUAAACAGUUUGAAAACUACUGCAUGAAUGUACUCUUUAUGAAACGAAACUAGUUUUCUUAUGAGAAAUUAAAUAAUCUGUGUAUUGCAUUGCUCAGUUUUUGAAGGUUUCCAGUGCUACCCAAAAGCCAUGAUUUGUAUGCAGAUAUAAAAUCUGCAUUCUGAAAGGACAUGCACACUGUAAUAAGAGGAAAACCCAUUUUCUGGCAGCCUUAUUUAUGUUCAACCAAAUAAAUAAAUAAAUAAAACAUUUUCAUUCAGCUAAUGCCAGACAAAAAUGUAUAAGCAAUAACUCAGCUUACUGUGUUUUUGCAUAAAUAAGACUUCUGGGCGGUCACUGAGUGCAAUAACCCUGAUAACUCCAGCCUUGCUGUGAAUAUUGUAAAUGAAACUUUUGUAAUGGCUAAAUCUGAAAAAUAAGCAUUGAUCCUAUACUUUUGCACUUUCUGUGUUCUAGAGGCUGAUAUAGUACUGAUUGAUUAGUGUUAUUACUGUAUGAAGCUUUAGUACAACAGUGAUGUUACAGUACAUUGAGGCUGGUUUGCAGUGGAGCUGUUGGAAUAAAACUACCUGGUGGCAUGAUA